UUAGAGAGCGCUUUCAUAAGCGCCCUCUUAGACCCCCUUUAGAGGGCGCUUUUUUUCCACAAGCGCCCUCUAAGGUCCCCUUUAGUAAACAUUAAAAUUAUAACAUACUACACGUUUUGUUAUUUUACUCUCUGUUAUUUUCGUUCUUUUUCACGUUAGGGUUCUCACUGCUACGAUUUUCGCUACUUCUAAGGCGUUCUCCUUCCACCUCUGUUAGAUCUACGACGUUUCCUCCUUCUAUUAAUUCGUUGUUAGCUGUUCGAUUUUGACACCAUAGGUAUUUUUCUAAUCUUCAUAUUACUUGGUUUCUCUUCUGACGUUCGCUAUUGUUCAUUUUUGGUGCUGUUCAGGUUCGACUGAAAGGAAACUAAAUUUGUAACGCUCCAAAUUUAUCAGACCAUAAUCUGAACAAUAUUUACAUAUCAUUUAGGUUCUUGCUACGAUUUUAACUUUGUAGUUAGCAGACAAAUCUGGUCGCCAACUUUUACUUAUUGUUUCUUCAUCUGCAAUGGCUUUGAGUCUUUUGGUUGUUUCAAUAUCAUUCUACUUGAAGGAAUAUAUAUCACCAGAUUCUGAUUUAUAUGCGACAUUGAGCCUUGUAUCGGUGGCUGGAGUUGUGGUCAUGGUUAUUGCAUUCUCUCUGGGAUUAGGAGCAAUAUCAUGGAUUAUAAUGUCUGAGAUUCUUCCGAUUAACAUCAAAGGCCUAGCUGGAAGUUUUGCAACACUUGCCAAUUGGUUCUUUUCCUGGUUGGUUACAUUAACAGCAAAUUUGCUCUUGGAUUGGAGUUCGGGAGGAACCUUCACAAUAUAUACUGCAGUGUGUGUUUUCACAGCAGGAUUUGUUGCCAUUUGGGUCCCCGAGACAAAGGGAAAAACUCUUGAAGAAAUACAACAGUUUUUCAGAUGAAGUUUCCUUUCGAGUAGCACUUCAGCUAGUGUUCACUCAUGUAUUCACAUUCAUAUUUUUUUUUUCUGAAUCAACUCAAUUCAUUUUUGUGCUCUUUGGUCUUGUUAAAUAUGGAAAAUACCAAGAGGCAAGGGAUACUUGAAAGUAUCAAUUGAUAUUUGUUUAGAUGGAGAUGUUCCAUUGUCGUCAAGCCUCAUUCGCGUAGAUGAUGAUGCUGGAUAUUUGAAAGUAUCCCUCUACGACAAUGGAACAUGUCCAUCUAAACAAAUAUCAAUUCUAUCUUCAAAAGAUAAGGGACCAAAAAUAUAAGGGGAUUACGCAGCAAAUCGAGUCAGUUGCAUAAAAAAAAAGGUAUAAACACAAUUAUAUGAUAUUUAUGCAUAGAAAAUGUUAAUUUUUGAUCUUAUACUUCACCUAACUAAUUUUAUGAUAUUUUAGGUUCAUGCUAUUGAUAUUGAACAAAAAGAGGUUGUUGCUAAGAAGACUGCUGCUAGCAAAAAAAACAUACAUCUCAGAGAUGCUUUUGCUACUUAGUUUUAUUUCUUUUUAAGUUAUGAAUUGGUUGUAUAUUUAGAAUCUUUAGAAGUUAAACGAUUAUAUAUCAGUGGAUUGUUGUAUAUGUAUGGAUUGUUGUAUAUAAGGCUUGUUGAAUGCAAUGUGUGAAAAAGAGCUUCAAAUUAUACA